GGAGAGGGAGAGGGAGAGGGAGAGGGAGAGGGAGAGAGAGAGAAAGAGAGAGAGAGAGAGAGAGUGAGAGAGAGUUGUUGUUUUCUUUUUUGGUGGUAGUGGUGGAGGGGGUGCUACCAGGGCCAGCCCUGAACUCAUUGGACAGAGCUACAGACCCAUGGGGCCUGGCAGUGCCCUCUGAGGGAGAAGACGGCAGAGGGGUGCCGAGGCACCCUCUAAACCCCAGAUCAUGUCUUUGUGGGGUCUGAUCUCCAAGAUGCCCCCAGAAAAACUACAGCGACUCUAUGUUGACUUUCCCCAACACCUGCGGCAUCUCUUGGGUGACUGGCUAGAGGACCAACCCUGGGAGUUCCUGGUUGGCUCUGAUGCAUUCUGCUGCAACAUGGCUAGCGCCCUACUUUCAGCAACUGUCCAGCAUCUGCAGACUUCUGCAGGAGAGCAGGGGGAGGGGAGCACCAUCUUACAACAUAUCAGCACCCUGGAGAGCAUAUAUCAGAGGGAUCCCCUGAAGCUGGUAUCCACUUUCCGACAAAUACUUCAAGGGGAGAAAAAAGCUGUUAUGGACCAGUUCCGCCACCUGCCAAUGCCCUUCCACUGGAGGCAGGAAGAACUCAAGUUUAAUACAGCUUUGCGGAGGCUGCAGCACCGAGUGCGGGAAGCUCGCCUUCUCCGAGAAGCCCUACAGCAGGGGACUGAGGCUGGCCAAGUGCCUCUGCACAGCUUGAUUGAAACUCCGGCCAAUGGGACUAGACCAAGUGAGGCCCUGGCAUCACUGCUGCAGGAGACUGUUGGGGAGCUGGAGGCUGCCCAGACCCUGGUGUUGAAGAGGAUCCAGAUUUGGAAACGGCAGCAGCAACUGGCAGGGAAUGGUGCACCCUUUGAGGAGAGCCUGUCGGCACUACAGGAGAGGUGUGAGAGCCUGGUGGACAUUUACUCCCAGUUACAGCAGGAGAUAGGGACUGCUGGUGGGGAGCUUGAGUCGAAGACCCGGGCAUCACUGAUUAGCCGACUGGAUGAAGUCCUGCGAACCCUUGUCACCAGCUCUUUCCUGGUGGAGAAGCAGCCCCCACAGGUUCUGAAGACUCAGACCAAGUUCCAGGCUGGGGUUCGAUUUCUACUGGGUCUGCGGUUCCUGGGAGCCCCAGCCAAGCCUCCACUGGUCAGGGCUGACAUGGUAACUGAGAAGCAGGCGAGAGAGCUGAGCAUGCCCCAGGGGCCUGGGACUGGAGCUGAGAGCACUGGGGAGAUCAUCAACAACACGGUCCCCCUGGAGAACAGCAUUCCCGGGAACUGCUGCUCUGCACUGUUUAAAAACCUGCUCCUGAAAAAAAUCAAGCGGUGUGAGCGAAAGGGUACUGAAUCUGUCACCGAGGAGAAGUGUGCUGUGCUCUUCUCUACCAGCUUUGUGCUCGGCCCUAGCAAACUCCCCAUCCAGCUCCAGGUCCUAUCUCUGCCCCUGGUGGUCAUCGUCCAUGGCAAUCAAGACAACAAUGCCAAAGCCACCAUCCUGUGGGACAAUGCCUUCUCUGAGAUGGACCGUGUGCCCUUUGUGGUGGCUGAGAGGGUACCCUGGGAGAAGAUGUGUGAAACUCUGAACCUCAAGUUCAUGGCUGAGGUGGGGACCAACCGGGGGCUGCUCCCAGAGCACUUCCUCUUCCUGGCCCAGAAGAUCUUCAAUGACAACAGCCUUAGCAUGGAGGCUUUCCAGCACCGUUCUGUGUCUUGGUCACAGUUUAACAAGGAGAUCCUGCUGGGCCGUGGCUUUACCUUUUGGCAGUGGUUCGAUGGUGUUCUGGACCUCACCAAACGGUGUCUCCGGAGCUACUGGUCAGACCGGCUGAUUAUCGGCUUCAUCAGCAAACAGUAUGUCACUAGCCUUCUUCUCAAUGAGCCUGAUGGAACUUUCCUCCUACGCUUCAGUGACUCCGAGAUUGGGGGCAUCACCAUUGCCCAUGUCAUCCGGGGCCAGGAUGGAUCCCCACAGAUAGAGAACAUCCAGCCAUUCUCUGCCAAAGACCUGUCCAUUCGUUCACUGGGAGACCGAAUCCGGGACCUUGCUCAACUCAGAAACCUCUACCCCAAGAAACCGAAGGACGAGGCUUUCCGGAGUCACUAUAAGCCAGAGCAGAUGGGGAAGGAUGGCAGGGGUUAUGUCCCAACUACUAUCAAGAUGACUGUAGAAAGGGACCAGCCCAUUCUCACCCCGGAGCCCCAGGUGACGGCCAUGGUGCCUUAUGAUCUUGGAAUGGCCCCUGAUUCCUCCAUGAGUAUGCAACUCAGCCAAGAUAUGGUGCCCCAGGUGUACCCCCCACACUCUCACUCUAUCCCCUCGUAUCAGAGCCUCCCCCCAGAAGAGUCGGUGAAUGUGCUGCCAGGCUUCCAAGAGCCACACCUGCAGAUGCCCCCUAGCCUGAGCCAGAUGAGUCUGCCCUUUGACCAACCUCACCCCCAGGGUCUACUGCAGUGCCAGCCUCAAGAGCAUGCUGUGUCCAGUCCUGAGUCCCUGCUCUGCCCAGAUGUGACCAUGGCAGAAGACAGCUGUCUAAGCCAGCCAGUAGGAGGGUUCCCCCAAGGCACCUGGGUUGGUGAGGACAUGUUCCCUCCCCUGCUGCCCCCCACUGAACAGGACCUCACCAAGCUUCUCCUUGAAGGCCAAGGGGAGGCAGGGGGAGGGUCCUUGGGAGCCCAGCCCCUCCUGCAGUCCACUCCUUAUGGGACAUCUGGGAUCUCAAUGUCCCACCUGGACUUGAGGGCCAACCCCAGUUGGUGAUCCCAGCUGAAGGAGGAGCCCAGAGACAGCUCUUCUACUGUCUCCAUGGACCCGCCCUGGAUACCUGCUCAUGAAGGUGCCUUCCAUCUCCAGCUGCUCCUCCAUCAGGAGGCAAAGACUGCCUGGAGAAUGCAUGGUGGAGGGAGCCACUGGACUCCUUCCUUCCCACUGCUGUCUCCCCUCUUCCAGCACUGGAAGGGAAGUUCAGGCUCCAAAAUGAGACAAGCCCCAACACACCUGCACUUAUAGAAUACACACAGCUCUCUGGGGAGAAUGGGACUGGGUGGGAACACAGAUUAGGGUACGGAGGGCUUCUCUACUCACUUCAAGGAAGGGCUGGGGCCAUGUGCUGAAACAGAUGUGCACACAUUUGCACUAGAGACCAGAGACUGAAAGCAUGGGUCAGGGUCUUUGCCCUGGAAUCCUGGAGUUCAGGAGACCCUGGGUGGGAAGAGAGGAGGGGCCCGGACGUGCCUGGACGCAUGGUUACUAAUGUGGAUUUUGCCAGAUUAAAAAGCAAACUCCCCCGAAUUCUUGCCCAUUAGGUUUCUGGUACACAGAUGAGAUUAUAUAGAAGUACAAGGGCCAAGCUUGUGUGUAGCUGUGUGAAAGUAUGUGUACCUGGGACACAUUAACAUAUUAUGACAUGGCAUAUAUGUUCAUUAUAUGACCACGUAUAGCUUAUGUCUACCUGCUUUUGCUUGUGUGACAACACAAAUUUGGAAGUACAAGACAGUGAACAAGACACCAGGAGUAGGCUGACCUCUAGUUAGUAUGCUAACCCAAUGUCAUUUUGAGGUGGCUGUGACAUCUACAUAUGGGCUAUAGCUAGAAUCUCAACACCCUCAAUGUUGCUGGGAGCCAGAGAGUGAGAGGGGCCCAGGCCUUGUCGUGAGGCCCUCCAGGGUGUUGGGGGCCAUGCCUACUGCUUGUCUUCUACUUCCCUACCCACUGAAAGCUUCCCUCCACUCCCCCAACCCAUACCACCCUUUUUUCCCCUCUCAGGGGGUCAUGGAUCCUAAGCCAUAAAAUAAAUUUUAUUCCAAAAUAACAAAAUAAAUAAUCUACUGUACAC